AUGCCCAACACUCCGGAUCCACCUCCGGAAGCGGGUCCUUCCAGACAGGCCGGUCCAUCCAAACACCCCUAUGGAAGCAAGCUGCCCUAUUCGCCCAGCGACGAUGAGCUCGAGAGCGAACCUUCAGACGGAGAGUGGUCUGAUGAGGAGUUUGAGGUCGACGCCAUCAAGUGGGCAAAGUACAUGGACUCGAGGAGGACGCGUCAGGACGGUUGGAGAGGUUGGCAUUAUGGUGUCAUGAACUACCUCAAGAGUGGCUCAGACACUGUCGAGGGCUACAAGCAGUUCUUGGACGAAAAUGACCGAGCCCCGCUCUUGAAGGAAUUCUGGACCGCGAAUGGCAUCAAGGUUCUAAACGUCGAGCCCGCGGGGAACAAGAUGUCCAAGAAGGAGUGGGAUUCGCGACGUCUUAAGGAGACAAACCCGCGUCGUGACUUUGCUGCGUUCAAACGUCGGCAGAAGGCUGAGAAGGAAGGCCGUCCGAUACGAAAAGGAGACUCCGACUACUACAUCCGCAAGAAACGGCUUGCUGCCAAGGCUAAGCGCAAGGCGGAAGAGGAGGCAGGGCUGCGACCUCCGACCGCGAAGAGCAAGAGCAAGGAUGCGAGCGCCAAGGCUGCUGCGGCGAAGGGGAAGCAGAAGCGGGUUGUGGAGAGUGAAAGCAGCAGUGAAGAGGAGCCACUCAGUGCAUCGGCCCCUCUAGCUGCGAAUGCGCGCUUGCGCGAGUUGGAGCGGCGGCGUUCCAGUGACGCCGGCAAGUCUCCGGGGGAGGCGAAGAAUGCGGCCAAGUCGAAAGACUCGUCGCCGCAGUCCAUGCCUCCGCCGCCGGUACCUGCGUCCUCCAGAACGGUACCGCCGAUCCAGACAUCGCGACCAUCACCCGCUCCGUCUUUCGACUCCUUAUUCGACGAUGGUCCUGCUAGCCAGGGAACGCCCACGAAACGGCUACCUUCCGCUUCACCCGCCAAGUCUGCUACGCCGAGCGCUCCGAAGACAGCGAGUCCCACAAAGAACGCAGGAGGAGCUUCCAUCUUCGAGGCCGACCCGAACGUUUUUGGCCCGGAUCCUACCAUCUUCGAAGUCCCCUCAUCCCCACCAGAAGAAUUCCCGCCCACGCCUGCCGGCGACGCUCCGACUCCGCUCUUCGCACCUGGUCCUAGCCAAUUUUCUUACGACACCCCGACACCGGCUCCCUUUGACAACGGCGAUGCCGACGACGCUAUGGACGUGGAGGACGCCCUGUUGGCGUCACCUAACACCGAGUCCCCAGCACUCGGUGUGCAAGAUGUCAAGCCAACAGUGCCUGAGGUCAUGAAGACGCCUGCCAAGACGGACACUCGCAGUUCGUCUCCCAUGGUCAUCGAUUCGCCCGACUCAGACGCAGGAAAGAAGGACAGCUUGGCUCCUCCAGACCUCGUAGUCAUCUCCGCUACACCGGGAAAUUCUCAGGCUAGCAGAGCUCCCUCAUCCUCUCCGCCAGGAUCGCCCGGGCGCCAGCUCUCUGUCCCCGGUGGGCCAGCUCAAGCAGCUACGACGUCGUCGACAGAUCCAGCUCCCAAAGUCUCGGACACGACCACCAAACCUAUGCCGGCAGUCACACCGUCAACUACGGUUCAAGCUACACCCGCCGCGGACAAGCCCUCUGAGCCCCCAGCGGUGAUCCAGCCUCCGCAGAAGCCAGCGGACAAGCUUCCCCCAGCAAAGCGACCGAGAUAUGAGCAGCCGAAACGAAUCGUCACCAUCGACACGCCAGUGGACACGAACAGGUUCAAGUCCCUGAAGAACAUGUCGUUCAAGAAGAACCCCACUGCGACGACGGCGACCGUCAGUUCCACUGCACCGCCGCCUCCCGAACCAGUGCCCUCUGGACCUCAGGCUGGGGUCGGCACGGGAACAAACCUCCGGUCGUGGGCACCUGCGCCAGCCCCGCCCUUCGGUCUCAGGCAGGUGGGAACCGCACCAAGCCAGCCUGCGCCUGUACACAGAUUACCCGCCAGGCCUCAAGUGACCACUGCUGCCGACAACAUUCACCCUAGCAGACGGCCUAACGUGCCUACGGCACCAGCUCCGAGAACAGGGAUCCACUCGUACGGGACAGGCAACGGAUCACCGUUGCCAGGGGCCAACGGUGGCAGGUCACCGUAUGGUAAUCGCUCGCCAUAUGGUGGCAAUCGUUCUCCACUCGAGGGCAAUCGUUCUCCCGUAGCAACGAACGGAAACAAGUCUCCUGUGUGGGCUGGCGGCGGAGGUGUAUCACCCAUCAUGCCGCAAGGUGGUACAUCACCGCUGUACAACAUUCCGCAAACGGGACAGCCGUCGCAAGCCGGGUAUCAACAGUUCCAACAACCUCCUGCGUUCAUGCCCCCUAUCCACCAGCAGAUGGCGCAGAUCCCGACGGCAGUGUACGAGGCCCAGAAGGAUCCCAGGCGGCGUGCUCGGCAGGCUCAAACAGCGAUAGCCAGCCCUGUGCCCAGUGCAGCUGCUCUGAAACCCAUCUGCUCAGCGCAGGUUUGCUUUCCCGAUCAGCGAAACGUCGUCCGACCUCUUGCCGUCAACCUCCUGGCAGGCGCAACGAAGAACCCCCAUGGCCAUUACCUGCUCAGUAAGCUUCCGGAGCUUAGUAAGCUGCCGGACCGUCAAGAGCAAGGUCCUCCUCAGUUCACCGCCAUGGAUUGUAGGUGCAUCGAUCUCCUGCUGAACCAGGGUGGUUCGAUUAGUGAGUGGUGUAUGGCCGGUCCCUCAGCGAACAAUUCGACAGAGCAGGUCGCAGUCUGGAACUUUGCUGCUGGUUACAUGGCCGCCCGCGGCAAGCUUUUCGUUGCGUCCGACGAGCUGGUUCCGACUUGGCCGAUCAGUACGAGGGAUUUCAUCAUGUUCUGCGAGGCGUCGCGGGUAGACGUGAGCAAACUGCAGGGGUCGGUCCAGCCCCAGAAGAACCAGAUCCUGGCGCUGGUCUUGUCCAUCCCGUUGAACUCGCACCCCGUGCGCUCGCUUCCGAACCCCGUACGCCCCGACUUCACCGUGGGUGAAAUUAAGUCGACGGUACCACCAGAGUUACCCUUCCGGCCUCAGAACCUUGCCGAUAGCUACGGCAUUGAUGGCGAUGGGCUCGGAAAGCUGAAGGGGUCGAUCCAGGUGUAUCCCAGCGUAAGGAACGAGCUGUACAGGGAUACGCUCGCGAACAUCAAGAAGGCUGGCCUGAAACCACCCGCGGGCUCCGAAGCAGGCUCCAACAUUCUGCUUUUCAAUGCGCACUGGGGACAGAUCGUGCGAUCAGGGAGCGUGGCCAAAGGCAUGGAGGACAACUCCAAGUUCUACAUUGCUGGUCCUGACCUGACUCUACCCGCCGAUCAGUGGUUGCUGCAUCCCAUCUGGGAGACUGGUGGCCUAGUGACCUUUUCGCCUACUCUGAUUCUUUCGGAUCCCGUCAAAUUCAAGGAAACUCUUGACUUCAUCGCGAAUGUCAAGGGCUGGGUCGCGUACGUUCACCCAUCGACGGUCAUGUGGUGUCAAGAGUCGUGGGGCAACAAGGCGCGAUGCCCCAACCCGUCCGUCGCUUUCGAGACCUUUGUCUCCUCGCUCUUCACGGAAGACAAGGUUCGGAAGCUCGCUGGAACGCUGCCACCGGAUGCUGGAGGCCUGGCGGUAUCCCAUGCGCCCCCUUCCCUUCCGCGCAAGGGGGACUGCAACAAAUGGCUGAGCUGGCUGCGAAAGGUGUUCGAGAGCUCCAACUACGAGGAACUUGUUCCGUUGUGCAAGGAGGCACACACUGCCCAGCAAGCCAUGAUGUACCCCAACCUCGGCGAGAACGACGCAAUGCGACUUUCGACUGUCGAAGAGAUCGGCCUGCGCGACCUGAUUGCUAUGCGUGAGCGCCCCGAUCUGCUACCCUACCGAAGGUAUAUUUAUGUCGGAGGCUUAUCAAAGUCACCACCAGACUUGAUCCGAUCGGUGAGUUUCAAGGGCAAAGCGGAGCUGAUCAAUCCACAGGUUCAGCACGUCCAGGUCGACAACUUUGCGGCGGUGCUGAGUGGAGCUGUUUGA